AGAGCCCGUUUGGCUUUUCUCUCUGGGCAGCGAGUGGGCUUUUCAGUCGCAGCUGAAGCUUCAAAUACACAGCAGAGAUGGGAUUACUUAACACUGCCUUUCUGCACUGGAUGGAGGAAUAAGGCAAAUUCGAGUGGACUGUAACACGAUCUCCAAAAUAAGACAGCUUUAACCCUCAAGGGAUCAUGCCGUGCGUCCAGACCCAGUGCGGCUCUUCUCCACAAGGAGCCAGCCCAGCGUCCCAGAGCGCGGGCGGAGAGCGCAGCUAUGACUUCCUCACUCCGGAGUUUGUCAAGUUCAGCAUGGACCUGACCAACAGUGAAAUGUCAGCCAGCACGUCAGCCCCCAGUUUUGGUCCUUUGCCGGACAACUACGGCUCCGGCUACGACGUGAAGCCCCCGUGUCUCUUCCAAAUGCCCGUUCAGGGCGAGCUGCCGUGCGUCAAAGUGGAGGACGCGCACGGCUGCCCCGGGUACCAGCCGAACCAGCAUCACCCACACCAGCCCGAUGAGAUGCUCUCCACCCCCGGCUCCGUUUAUUAUUACCGGUCUCCAUCGCCGCACACGCCCAUCACAUCAAAUUUUCAAAAUCCUCCCGGACACAUUUGGGAAGAAUCAGGCUCUCUGUACAGUUUCCGUCAGGACUAUUUGGCUGCGGCGCAUAGGAAAAACACUCUGUCCAGGUUCUCACUGUUUUCCCUCAAACACGCCCAAAAUGGCAACCAGAGCUUGUCCACUUGCCAGAUGAAAUUUGAUGGAUCUCUCCAUGUGUCCAUGAACAUGGACGCGGCCGGAGCGCACCAGCCGCUGGAGAGCCCCGGGGUUCUUGGUUCUGGUGGAGUUGGAAAGCAGCCCGGUGUGGGGUUUCCUCACCCUCUCCAGCUCGCCCACGGUCACCACUAUGUGGAUUACCAGGCAACGUCGCCUACCGGCCGAGGACCGCUGAGCACGGAGGGGCUGUGCGCGGUGUGCGGGGACAACGCAGCCUGCCAGCACUACGGAGUGCGCACCUGCGAGGGCUGCAAGGGCUUCUUCAAGCGCACGGUCCAGAAAAACGCCAAGUACGUGUGUUUAGCCGCCAAGAGCUGCCCCGUGGACAAACGCAGGAGGAACAGAUGCCAAUAUUGUCGUUUCCAGAAGUGCCUUGCAGUGGGAAUGGUCAAAGAAGUGGUGAGGACAGACAAUCUGAAGGGUCGCAGGGGUCGCCUGCCAUCCAAACCCAAGGCUCUGCCGGACCCCUCCUCACCUGUCAGUGCCCUCCUGAGCGCCCUCGUCAGGGCACAUGUGGAAUCCAACCCUCCGCCUUCUCGCCUUGACUACUCCAAAUUCCAGGAGAGUCCCGGAAGUCCCCUUGGAGAUGACGCACAGCAUGUCCGACAGUUUUACGACCUCCUAACCGGAUCGAUGGAGGUGAUUCGAGGCUGGGCGCAGAAGAUCCCUGGGUUUACCACCCUGCCCAAACACGACCAAGACCUGCUCUUCUAUUCCGCUUUCCUGGAGCUCUUCGUUUUACGAUUAUCAUACAGAUCCAACCCAGAGGAGGGGAAGCUGAUCUUCUGCGACGGCUCGGUGUGGCACCGGCUGCAGUGCCUGCGCGGCUUCGGGGAGUGGAUCGACAGCAUCGUUGAAUUCUCCGCAAACCUGCAGAGGAUGAAUCUGGACAUCUCGACCUUCUCCUGCAUCUCCACACUCGCCCUGGUCACCGAGCGGCACGGGCUGAAGGAGCCGCGGAAAGUGGAGGAGCUGCAGAACACGGUGGUCAAGUGUCUGAAGGACAGUGUGAUGUGCGCCGACGCAGGAGCCUGCCGGUCAAACCACUUAUCCAAACUGUUGGAGAAGCUGCCUGAACUCCGCACUCUGUGCAUCCAAGGCUUGCAGAGGAUUUUUUAUCUGAAGCUGGAGGACUUGGUCCCGCCGCCUGCAAUCAUAGAUAAGUUAUUCCUCGACACGUUGCCAUUUUAGGGCCACAUCUGCGGACGUUUUCCACCUUCCCCCCCAUCAGCGGUGGCAUUCCAAGCGAGUUUUGUCCCCCGACCAGCCUAUCCGCGCUCCUGACAUUUUAUACU